AUGAGAACAAUCACUUUGUGUCCAGUGAUAGCUGUGGAUGCCACUCAUUUAAAAUCCAAGUACAAGGGUGUUAUGUUUGUAGCAAAUGCAUUCGAUGGUAAUCGAAAUAUAUAUCCUCUUGCUUUUGGGAUCGGGGAUUUGGAGACGGAUGCAUCAUGGCAUUGGUUUUUCACUAAACUUCAUGAAGCCAUUGGUGAGUGUCCCAAUCUUGUUAUUAUUUCUGAUCGAAAUGUUAGCAUACAGAAUGUGUGGAACAAAGUUUUUCCAACUGCGCAACAUGGCAUAUGCUUUUAUCAUAUGAAGGGGAACAUGAAACGCACUUGCAAGUUGAAAAAGCGUGAUCCAAUACUUAUGCACUUUGAGCAGGCUGCGAAAUCUUAUUCCAUUGCUGAAUUUGAUUGUCAUUUUCGCAAGAUCAAGCGAAAGGAACAUGUUGCUCAAUAUCUUGAAGAGGCAGGGUUACAUAAGUGGUCUAGAGCUCACAUGGAUGGACGCCGCUACAAUGUAAUGACAACAAAUAUUGCGGAGUCAAUCAACUCAGUCCUUAGGUUUGCAAGGACGCUGCCAGUGGUUCAUUUGAUAGGGGAAAUUAUGAAUCUCCUUGUCAAAUGGUUCACCGAACGUCGUGAGUUGGCUUUGAAGUGCACAACAACAUUGUGCCCCAAUUUUGGAGAGAAGAAGUUGAGGAACAGGUUGGAGGAUGCUGCAAGGAUGAAUGUGGUUAAACUGAAUAAUGCACAGUUUCAUGUUUUGGACGGUCAUAUGGAUGGCCUCAUAGAUUUGAUGAACAACACUUGCAGUUGUAGAAAGUUUCAGCUUGAGCAGCUACCUUGCAAGCAUGUAGUUGCAGUUUGCCGCUUCUUGAAAGUAAAUGUAUACUCAAAGGCUUCUCGGUAUUACACUCGGAAAACCUGGAUGGAUGCUUAUUCGGAUAGCAUCUACCCGAUACAGCCUCACGGAAUGCACUGCAAUGGAACUACUGUCUCAAACUAA